AUGGGGUUCGCACACCUUGCUGUGAUACUGUCUGUCACCAUGAUCCAACUUGUUUCAGGUAUGAGCUUUAUGACUCCUGAGCCUGAUACACCACCAACAUCAACCCCAGACUCUUACCCUCUGGGUGACCUGAUCCAUGCUGCCCUGCAGAGUAAGGAAUACUUAGGACAGGCUUCUGCGGGCACAGGUACUACCACCAACCCAACACAGGCUGUGCCUGGGCUAGGGCAGUCUGAGUCUACAGCAACAGUCAUAUCACCAGGCCUGCUCACCACAGCUUUAAGCUCAUCCUCUGCAGCCAGCCAGACAGGAUCAAGGAAUACCAUGUCCUCGCUUCCCAUAGAGGAGGAGACCACUACCACUCUGAUCACCACAACCACUAUAACCACAAUGCACAUGCCAGUCCAAUGCAAUGCAACUUUGUCGGCGAUGGAGGAUGUGGUCGAGUCACCAGAUCCUGCAUCAUCAUCAUCAUCUUUUUCCCCGCUGGAAUGCACCUACAGCAUUACUGUGUAUGCAGGUUAUGGUGUGGAAAUUCAGGUGAGGAAGGUUAAUCUGUCUAAGGAAGAGUCUCUGACAAUCAUGGGAUAUGGAGGUGUGGGACCAGAGCUGUUGGCUAACGAGACUCUGAUGAGAGAGGGUCAGGUGAUUCGCAGUACAACCAAUCAGGUGUACAUUCAUUACCGCAGUCUCCGACAGACCAACCAUGGCAUGUUCAGCCUCCACUAUCAAGCCUUUCUGCUGUCCUGCCCAUUUCCUCUGUCUCCUGAGGGCGGCGGAGUGACGGUGACAGACAUCCAUCCUGGAGGUCAGGCGCACUUCCACUGUGAUCCAGGUUUCCAGGUUCGCGGCCAUGAGGUGGCGACCUGCGUCAACACAACACAACCACACUGGAGCACUCCCGAGCCACAGUGUGCUGCUGUGUCUUGCGGAGGAUGGAUUCGUAACGCAACAGUGGGCCGGAUACUGUCUCCACCACCUCCAUCUGUCAGCAACCACAGUAAUGUAAACAACCUGAGCUGUCACUGGUUAAUAGAAGCCAAAGAGGGGCACAGACUCCACCUACACUUUGAGAGGAUUGCACUGGAUGAAGAUGAUGAUAAGUUAAUUGUGCGCAGUGGAAACAGUUCCCUGUCCACACCGCUCUUCGACUCAGACUUGGAUGAUGUCCCAGAACGCGGGUUGCUGAGUGAGAGCUCCACACUGUACCUGGAGCUCACAGCUGAUUCUUCCUCCAUCCCUCUGCUUCUGGCGCUGCGAUACGAGGCUUUCGAUGACGAGCACUGCUGGGAGCCCUACAUGCCCCAUGGAAAUUUUAGCAGCAGUGACAUCACAUAUCAACUGGGCACCACUGUUACCUUCACCUGCUCUCCAGGGUUUGUCAUGGAACAAGGCUCAGGGACAAUUGAGUGCAUUGACCCCAGCAAUCCCCACUGGAAUGACAGCGAACCUGUGUGCAAAGCUCUGUGUGGAGGGGAGUUGACUGAACCCUCAGGUACGAUCCUGUCUCCUGAUUGGCCCCAGAGCUACUCCAAGGGGCUCGACUGCGUAUGGCAAAUCCAUGGUAACGAGGAGAAACGCAUUGAACUGGAUGUCCAUAUUUUAAAUAUCCGCCACACUGAUGUGCUGACUGUUUUUGAUGGACGUGAUCUCAUGUCCCACGUGAUUGGCCAAUACCUGGGGUCCAGAGAGCGCUUCCAGGUUGUGUCUGGGGGAUCAGAGGUCACCAUUCAGUUUCAAAGUGAUCCAGAUGAUUCCAGUUUCAUCCUAAGUCAGGGAUUCCUUAUUCAUUAUCGUGAGGUUGAGCCAAAUGACACCUGUCCUACCCUGCCUCAAAUCGACUUCGGAUGGAUCAGCUCGUCCCACUCUUCCCCUGUGAGAGGCAGUGUGUUGACCUAUCAGUGCCAACCAGGGUAUGACAUCAGUGGCACUGACAUCAUUACCUGUCAGUGGGACCUCUCCUGGAGCAGCAGCCCACCUACUUGCGUUAAAGUCCAGCAGUGUCCCGAUCCAGGAGAGGUGGUAAACGGAGCGCGCUCAGUGCGCCCCGAAGCAGGUUUUGCAGUUGGAACAGUCGUGCGUUUCUCUUGUAACCAGGGCUAUCAACUGGAAGGACCCAGCCAAAUCUCCUGCCAUGGACGAGACACUGGCACCCCCAAAUGGAGUGACCGCAGCCCAAAGUGUGUCUUAAAAUAUGACCCAUGCCCAAAUCCUGGCGUCCCUGACAAUGGUUACCAGACCCUGUACAAGCACAGCUACCAGGCAGGAGAAACUCUGCGUUUCUUCUGUUACGAGGGCUAUGAACUUAUUGGUGAGGUCAUUAUCAGCUGUGUUCCUGGCCACCCGUCUCAGUGGAACAGCCCACCACCCUUUUGCAAAGUGGCGUAUGAAGAGCUUUUGGAUGAUCACAAAUUAGAAGGUGAUUUAGUGUCCCAGGCAUUCGAGCCAUCCCAUCAGAUCCUGAGUGAGAACAUCGCUUUGGCAAUAAUUCUGCCAAUCAUCUUGGUCAUCCUCCUGAUCGGUGGAAUUUACAUGUACUAUACAAACAUAUGCAAACUAGAAUGGAAGCCACUCUUCUGGAAGUCUCUUUCGCACACACACUCCUACAGUCCCAUUACAGUUGAGUCCGAUUUCAACAAUCCUCUUUAUGAGGCAGGGGAUACACGGGAGUAUGAAGUAUCCAUCUAG